UUGACACAUCUGUUUCAGUACACUGUACACGGUUAAUUGGUACGGUAGUGUAGUGACGGUUUGGUAAAAAAACUUCUUAAUCUUUUUGAGGUGUAAUUAAAGGAAUUCUGUGGCGCCAUGAUUCUAUAUGGCGCCAACAUAUCUACUGGCGCCGGUCAGCUGGGUGGAAGAUUGAUAUUUCUUCUAUUCAUGUUUUCUAUUACAAGAGUUAUGAGCGCGGAAGAAUACUUCAACAGAACUGAUCUUCAUCAGCGUAAAGUUGCAGAUCAAGUAAAACAAGAUGCUGACUUCCGAAAGCUGUUAAAAUCUGAAAUGAAGGAAGAAAACUUGAAUUUGAAAACUCGGAUAAGGCGCCAAGAUUUGAAGGAAAUAGAUCCUUUGUCUGAAAUGAUGCAUACUACGGAACAGGAAAAUAUUGUUGAAUAUCUUGAAGCUAAGAGCUCGGAAAUUCUAAACAUGAUUGAUAGAAAAGCAUUUAUAAUGAAAACACGGCUUCUAGCAGUCAAAGAAAACUGUUUUGAAUUCCUUAGCAUGCAGAUUGGACCAACAUUAUCCAGGGUUGCUUCUUCAAGUGGAAGCACGUCAAGCCUUAGUCUUCUGAUAAGACAGAGUGAAGGAUAUAUGAAGGGUCAGCUUCAUCAUUGCAAUAGUCAGGAGACGUCACUUUACGAUGAAAUAUUCGACUUACUUGAUGCUGCACACCUUUUUAUUCAACCAUUUUAUGAUUCAGCUGGAAUUCAAGUCUUGUGCAAGACUUUUAUAAAUAAUGUGGCCUUCAGAGAAUCUGCAUUGGAGCAAACUUUUUAUCUGGAAAAAAUUUAUCGUAAAAAUAUGGAAAUGGCGCGGAAAAUAAUAGACUCUGCUCAGCAAGAUGUGGAGGAUAGAAUACAGGCACUGAUAUAUAGUCUACGCAUGAAGGUUCGUAUGUAUAGAAGCAGUCUUCAACAAGGGGAUAGAAACGGUCAGAAGUUUAGGUACGCCAUGAUUUUUGAAGGAAGUUUGAUCAGUGCUGGCAGUGGGUUCACACCUCAGCUAAGGGGUAAGCUACUAAAUAAUGUUCAGCUUCUAGUUAAUAAAUGCGAUGAAACAAGCCUACAGCUCAAACAUUGCCUCGAGGAGGAAAUUAAAAAGAGAGAUAUUGGAAUCAAUUCAAGAAUUAUGGAAUUACAAAGCUUGAAAAUAGGACCUGCAGUAGUGUCAGAUCCAGUUAAAAUGGCAAAUAUCUCCUUAUCAUAUUUGGAUACAUUAUCAUCCACUAGAAAUGUGUUGUCAUCAACCAUGUUAGCUGAACUUGAAACUACAACUGAACCUGAACCCCAAGUAUUAUCUGUUUUUCAGUCUUCAACAACAGCUUUAGUUAUACCUAACAAAACUGAACCCAUCAUGAUGAUGACCACUAGAGCCAAACCUGUAACAUUCACUGAAGCUGAUCACCUAUCAACCACUGAAGCUGAACCCAUAACAAAAGUUUUGUCAUCAACCAUGGUAGCUGAACUUGAAACUACAACUGAACCUGAACCCCAAGUAUUAUCUGUUUUUCAGUCUUCAACAACAACUUUAGUUAUACCUAAUGAAACUGAACCCAUCAUGAUGACCACUAGAGCCGAACCUGUAACAACCACUGAAGCUGAUCACCUAUCAACCACUGAAGCUGAACCCAUAACAAAUGUUUUGUCAUCAACCAUGGUAGCUGAACUUGAUACUGCAACUGAACCUAAACCCCUAGAAUUAUCUGUUUCUCAUUCUUCAACAACAACUAUACCUAAUGAAACGGAACUUAUCAUGAUGACCACUAGAGCCAAUUCUGUAACAACCACUGAAGCUGAUCACCCAUCAACCACUGAAGCUGAAUCCACUAAAAAUGUUUUUUCAUCAACCAUGGUAGCUGAACUUAAAACUACAACUGAACCUGAACCCCUAGAAACAUUUGUUUCUCAGUCUUCAACAACAACUUUAGUUAUACCUAAUGAAACUGAACCUUUCAUGAUGACCACUAGAGCCAAUUCUGUAACAACCACUGAAGCUGAUCACCCAUCAACCACUGAAGCUGAACCCACUAAAAAUGUUUUGUCAUCAACCAUGUUAGCUGAACUUGGAACUACAACUGAACCUGAACCCCUAGAAUUAUCUGUUUCUCAGUCUUCAACAACAACUUUAGUUAUACCUAAUGAAACUGAACCCAUCUUGAUGACCACUAGGGCCGAACCUGUAACAACCACUGAAGCUGAUCAACCAUCAACCACUGAAGCUGAACCCAUAACAACCAUUAAUAAUAAACCCAUUAUAACCAUUGAAGCUGAACUCUUAACAAACCUCAAAUAUGAACCCAUUGUAAAAACUUCUGAAGCUGAACCCAUCGUAAUAACUACUGAAGCUGAACAAAAAGUAAAAACUAAUCAAACUGAACUUAUAGUAAUAACUACUGAAGCUGAACCUAUAGUAAUAACUACUGAAGCUGAACCCAUAGUAAGAACUACUGAAGCUGAACCAAUAGUAACAACUGAAGCUAAGAUCCUAAUAAUCACUGAAACUGAAACUCUAACAACCACUGAAUCUGAAACUCUAACAACCACUGAAUCUGAAAGCCUAACAACCACAGUAUCUGAAAUCCAAACAACCACUACAGCUGAAACCCUGACAACCAAUGAAGCUGAACCAAUAAAAACAACUGAAGCUGAGUCAUUAACAUCAACUAAAGGUGAACUUUUAGGAAUAACUGAAGUUGGACCAAUAGAAAUGACCACUAAAGCCAAACCAGUAACAAUCACUGAUGCUGAACCCAUAAUAUCCACUGAAGCUCAUCUAACAACUGAAGCUGAACCCAUGGUAAUAACCAUUAAAACAAAUGGAGCUGAAUACCUAGAGAUAACUAAAGCUGAAUCCUCACUAAUAACUGAAGUUGACCCCUUAAAUACCACCAAAGCUUCAACCAUUAAAGCUUUACCCCCAACAACCACUGACGCUCCACCUCAAUUAACCAUUGAAGCUCAGCCCCCAUCAACCAUUGAAGCUCAAUUUCAAUUCCUAACAACUACUAAAUCCAAAACCCUAACAACCACUAAAGCUGAGCCUCUAAUAAUAACUGGCGCUUACCCUCAAAAAACUGAAGGUGAACUACUAAAUACCACAAAAGUUGAAUCUAUAACAACCACUGAAGCUGAGCCUCUAACAACAACUGAAGCUGAUCCUCAAACAACUGAAGGUGAACUUGUAACCACCACAGAAGCUGAACUCCUAAAAAGCAAAGACAAAGCUCUAACAACUAAAGGUGAGCUUCUAACAACCAAUGAAGGUGAUUCCCUUUCACUCACAGAAGCUCAAUCCCUUUUAUCCAUUGCUUUAUCAACAACUGGAGCCAAAUCCCUAACAAUAACUGAAGCUAUAUCCUUGAUAAUGACUGAAGCCAAACCACUAGUAACAAUGGAAGUGGAAACGCUUACAACCAUUGAAGUUGAAUCCCUUUCAACCUCUGAAGCUCAGCCACCAUCAAAUACUAAAGUUCUUGUAACAACCACUGAAAAUCUCCCAACAACCACUGAAGCUCAGCCCCCAUCAACCAUUGGAGCUCAGCCCCCAUCAUUCAUUGAUGCUUUAACUCUAGCAAACAUUAAAGCUUCACUCCAAACAACCACUGAGGAUGAACUACUGUUAACCACUGGAGCCAUAACCCAAAAAAACACUAAGCCCACAAUACCCAUGAAAGCUGAAGAAAAUCAAAUCAAAACAUUCACAAUUUACAAAGAUGAACCACUGAAAACCGGGGGUGCUGAACUUCCUGCAAAAUCUUGGUUUCAAGAUACAUUUGCAAAUAGACUUAUUCCAAUGUCAUUGUCACCCUAUAAACAUUUUCCGAGCGCAAGGUUAAACCUAGAAAAUGCUGUUCGCACUAAAUCUAUGGAACGAGUUAAAGUAAUCAUUGAUCGGUUCCCUGUUGAUGCACCUAAUAAAAGAUUCCUUGAGGAAAUUGAGCCCAAAAUCAUAUCCCCAGAACUCUCAUCUGGUCCUGCAAAAACUGUAGAUUUGUUUAACCGGGAUGCUCCACCUAACAAAACCAAUAAAAUGAAAGAAUCAAAUACCAGUUUUUCGUUUUUGCCUGUUACUGCUGUGCAAGUAAAGAACCCUCUCGACAACAGUGUUUCUACAUCAACAGAAUCUUUGUCAAGUAAGCAUAUUAAAGAACCUUCAAUAACUAGAUCUACAUAUCAUCAUCAAUCAAGUGAUGUCAAGUCAAAAUCUAUCAAAUUUGCUGAUAAUCAAGGCAUCAGUGAUGCAACAGUUGCUGGAAUAAAUGAGUCGGGUACUUUUGCUGCUGUCAAUGCUUCAGAAGCUAAAAGCGAAGUGGAGAGAACACAUGCUGAUCUUGUUUCCAAAGGUUCAGAUGUCGGGGCUACUGAUAGAAUUGGAUCAUCACUUAAUGUCACAGCAGGAGCUAAAGUUAAAAAAACUACUAAAUCAAUAGGAUCUAUAAUCCCUGAUAGCUUUGCACGAUCCAUGGAUGUUCAUGAAGUUUAUCGAGAUCCUCCUCCAUUACCGCUACAGGAUGCAGUUGUGUCUGAUGUAGCUCUUCCUACAUCACCACCACAACAGGAUGCAGUUAUGUCUAAUAAAGCUCUACCUCCAUUACCUCAACAGGAUGCAAUUACGUCUGAUUUAUCUCUUCCUCCAUUACCACCCCAACAGGAUGCAUUUAUGUCUGAUGUUCCUCCAGUACCACCACAACAGGAUGCAGUUAUGCCUGAUGUAGCUCUUCCUCUAUUAAAGCCACAACAGGAUGCAGUUAUGCCUGAUGUAUCUCUUCCUUCAAUACCACCACAACAGGAUGCAGUUAUGUCUGAUGUAGCUUUUCCUCUAUUAAUGCCACAACAGGAUGCAUUUAUGCCUGAUGUACUUCUUCCUCCAGUACCACCACAACAGGAUGCAGUUUUGUCUGAUGUAGGUCUUCCUCCAUUGCCACCUCAACAGGAUGCAGUCAUGUCUGAUGUAGCUCUUCCUCUAUUAAUGCCACAACAGGAUGCAUUUAUGCCUGAUGUACUUCUUCCUCCAGUACUACCACAACAGGAUGCAGUUUUAUCUGAUGUAGCUCUUCCUCCAUUACCACCUCAACAGAAUGCAGUUAUGCAUGAUGUAUCUCUUCCUCCAGUACCACCACAACAGGAUGCAGUUUUAUCUGAUUUAGCUCUUCCUCCAUUACCACCACAACAGGAUGCAGUUUUAUCUGAUGUAGCUCUUCCUCUAUUAACACCACAACAGGAUGCAUUUAUGCCUGAUGUAUCUCUUCCUUCAAUACCACCACAACAGGAUGCACUUUUGUCUGAUGUAGCUCUUCCUCUAUUAACACCACAACAGGAUGCAGUUUUGUCUGAUGUAUCUCUUCCACCAGUACCACCACAACAGGAUGCACUUUUGUCUGAUGUAGCUCUUCCUCCAUUAAGCUUAACAAAUCCCUCUGAUACUAUAAUUAAUAAUUUAGCAUCCAAUAAAAUUCUACUUUCCCCCAAAUCUUCUGUAAUUCUGGUAGCUGCUGAUGUAGCAUUAACAGCUUCAGAAUCAACCAUUGAAGUUGUAUCAGUGGUGAACUUACCUAUUUCUGAACCAACUAUUGAAACUGAUUUUGAUACAACCUUUGAUACAACCUUAAGAAUUAGCCCUGGUACUAAUAUUGAGACUGAAUCUGAUACAACCUGGGAAACAAACUCUGACACUACUCCAGAAACUGAAAUUAAUACAAACCUGGAUGGAACUGAAUCUGAUACAGCAUCUACAACUGAAUCCUCAGAUUCACUGAAUGCUUUUACAACUACUAGUAAGGAAAGAUCUUCUUUGGUAUAUGUACAUAUUCAUACAUCUUCAUCACCUAUAUCAAAUUUAGAAACUGAAGUUCAGACAAGUACCAAAUCAUUAAAAGAGAACACCACAUUAGCUGAAAUUACAACAGAUUCAGAAAGUUUGAAACUAAUAGCAGCUGAGUCAAUAACUGAAACUUCAACACCAGAUUUAUUCAGUGAGACGCCAUUAACUGCCAACUCUGAAACUAAAACCACUGAAACUUUAACAACCUCUGAUUUGGCAACUGGGUCUUACACUAAAACUGAUUUGGCAUCUGAAACUACAGCAACUUAUUCUACAACUGAUGCUUCUUCAGUUUUGGAUUCAGUAACUGAGGCUUCAAUAACUAUUGAUUCAGAAACUGAGGCUUCAAUAACUAUUGAUUCAGAAACUGAAGAGUUUCCAACCACUGAUUCAGUAAAUAAAGAUUUAACAACACUUGAGUCAGAAACCGAAAGGUUAUUAACCCCUUCAGAAUUGGAAGCUUUCACAAUCCUUGUUUCAGCUACAAAACAUACAAAAACCACUGGUUCAGAAAUUGAAACCUCAACAUCAACUGAAGCUACUAGAACCAUAGAUUUACCAACUGAUGCCACUAGAAUCAUAGAUAUACCAACUGAUGCUACAGCAGCCACUGAUUUGGCCACUGGAGGCGAUGAGGGCACUGAUUUUACUUUCACAGAUGUGACUUCAACAGAUGAAUCAUCAGCUACUGAUUCGGUGAUAGUUUCAACAUCCACAGAUUUCACAUCUAAUGCUACAAGAGCUAUUGAUUCAGCAACUAUAGCUCCAACAGCCACUGAUUUAUUUACCUUGGCUACAGAAACCUCUGGCUUAGUAACCAUGGUUACAGAAACUUCUGAUAUAGCAACCAAGGCUGCAGAAACUACUGAUUCUAUUAGCAAAGCCACUUAUUCAGAAAUUAUAGCUACAUCAACCACUUUUUCAGCAGCUGAGGUUGCAGCAGCCACUGAUGCUUCAUCGUUGACUGAUUUAGCAACUGAGGGUAAAGUAGCAACAGAUUCAGAUGCUGAAUAUAAAGCUGUCACUGAUUCAGCAACUGAAGAGACAGCAGCCACUGAUUCAGCAACUGAGGAAACAGCAGCCACUGAUUCACCAGCUGAGGAUAUAGCCACCACUGAUUCAGCAACUGAGGAUACUGUUUCCACUGAAUUAGCAACCUUUGGCACAUCAACAACUGAGGAUACAGCAACCACUGAUUUGGCAACUGGAGGCACUGUGUGGACUGACUUAACCUCCACAGAUGCAGCACUUAAAACUACAUCCACAUCAUGGUUUGGAAUUAAAGGUUCAACAACCACCCAUUCUACAUCUACUUAUAUGAGAGCUAAAGAUUCAAUAAUUAAAGCUACCAAGGCCACAGAAAUCUAUGAUUUAGCAGCCAAGGUUACUGGAAGCACUGAUUCUGCAGCUGAAUUUUCAGCAAUUAUUGUCUCCUCUAGCGAAUCUGCAACAGCUACUGAUGCUGAAAUUAAAGAUUCAUCAACCACAUUUUCAGUAACUAAUGCUGAAGCAGCCACUGAUUUAACAUCUGAUGCAUUAACAACUACUGAUCCAGCAACCAAGGAUAAAGCAGCAACUGAUGAUUCUGCAGUCACUGAUUUGGCAACUGUAGAUAAUUCAGUAACUAGAGGCACAGAAGGGACUGAUUUUACUCCCAAAGCUACAUCAGACAGUGAUUUGGCAUAUGAAGCUACAACAACCAGAGAUUUUAAACCUGACGCCAUGAAAACUAAUGACUCGGUAACUGUAGCUCUUGCUGCAACUGAAACUGUUGCUCCGGCAGAUACUGAUACAGCAACUAACGUUUCACAAACCACUGAUUCUGGAGGAGAAAUUUCAGCAGUUCUUGCUACUACUAGAAAAGCUACAACAGUCACUGAUGCAGCAAUUGAAGCUUUUUCAGCAGCUGAUACUGCAGUAGCCACUGAUUUGGCAACUGAUGCUCUAUCAGCAAUUGAUUCAGGAACUGAGAAUACAGCAGCAACUGAUAUAACAACUGAGAAUACAGAAGCCACUGAUUCAUCAACGAGGGAUUCUAUACCUGAAGAUAUGACCACUAAUGAUCCAGUAUCUGUUGAUCCAGCAGUCACUGAUUCAGUAACUUUAGCUCUAGGAGCAAUGAAUAUAGCUACUAAGGCUUCAGAAACCACUGAUUUAGUAUCUAAUCUUUCAGUAGUUACUAAUCCUUCCGUUAAAUCUACAGUAGUCACUGGUGCAGCAAUUGAAGCUACAGCAACCACUGCUCCAGAAGCUGAUGAUACAAAAGAUAUUAAAUUUGCAACUGAAAACACUGAUUUUACUUUUAAAUCUAGAGCAGCCAAAGAUGCAGUAUUUGAAGCUACAUCAACCACUGGCCCAGCAGCUGAUGCUACAGCAGCCACUAAUUUAGCAGUGGAUGAUACAGAAGCCACUGAUUUAUCAACAAGAGGCAGUGUUGGCACUGAUUCCACUUCUGAAGAUAUAGCAGCUUCAACUGCUGAUUCUGCAAUAAUGGUUGCUGAAGCCACUAAUUUGCCUAAUCUAGGUCCUUUGAUACCUCACUCUACUUCUAUCACCACAGCAGCUAUUGAAGCUAAAGCAGCUGAUUCAGCAACUGUGGUUACAGCAGCCACUGAUUUAGUAAAUGGGGAUCUUCUAGUUAAUGCAGGAACAGAAGUUCCUUUAGGCACUUAUUCAAUAGCUAAGGCCGCUCAAUCAACAACAUAUGUACCUACAAAUAACCACAAUUCUGGUGCUGAUCCAGUAACUGAAGCUUCUACAAUCUUUGAUUUAAAAAGUGAAGCUUCAGCAACUACAACAUCUUUUGUUGAAGUUUUGACAAGCACAGAGUCAACAAUUAAAGAAACAGCUAAUGUAGGUACUAAAGGCUCAAUAUCCACAAACUCAGUCUCAACUCUUGCUUCAGAACUCAGUGGAUCAGAAACAACAACACUCAGUCAAGCUCUGACAUCAACAGAUUCUAUGACUGUAGUCCCAACAGUUUUUCUAUAUCCUGAAACUACUCCUCCAAUUCCUUCAACCAUUGCACAAACAAAUAGUCCAACCUCCACUGAUGUUAUGUCAACAACAACUCUUGGCACAACAUCUAGCCCAUCUUUCCCAUUAUUGAUAUCAACAACUCUUGGAAAACCAUCACAUGAACCUUCCACUACUGUAAAAUCAACAACAACAUUAGCCCCAACAACUAAUGAAACAGCUAAUGUAGGUACUAAAGGCUCAAUAUCCACAAACUCAGUCUCAACUCUUGCUUCAAAACUCAGUGGAUCAGAAACAAUAACACUCAGUCAAGCUCUGACGUCAACAGAUUCUAUGACUGUAGUCCCAACAGUUUUUCUAAAUCAUAAAACUACUUCUGCAAUUCCUUCAACCAUUGCACAAACAAAUAGUCCAACCUCCACUGAUGUUAUAUCAACAACAACUCUUGGCACAACAUCUAGCCCAGCUUCCCCAUUAGUAAUUUCAACAACUCUUGGCACACCAUCUCAUGAACCUUCCACCACUGUAAGAUCAACAACAACAUUAGCCCCAACAACUACUCUGGCUAGAAUCCUUGAACUUUCCCCCACUAUGAGAAAGAAAGUGGAAUACUUAACCUCAACUUCAGAAGCUUCUUAUAAGUUCUCAGAAGUAUCAACUGGACCAUCUUCAGGAAUGAAAGCAUUUGAUGUAAAUGAAACACAAUCCUCAGGUAAACAUGUCUUUAUACCCCCCUAUUCUUUGUUUUCCAAUGGCUCCGUAGUGGAUACGAAAAGGUUUGAGGAGAAGGUUUUGUUGUCCUUGAACGAGGUAGAGGAGACAGGAGACAAGGUUCUCAACUCCUUCAAGGAGCAGUGUCAGAGGUUGGAGGAGGAAGAGGUGAUGGAGAAACCGGUUUUCUCUGUUGAUACAGUUGGCAGUAAUAAGACUGGAGCUAUGGUUAAAAAGCAGAUGAAGGAUGGAUUGACCAGCAUGUACAAUAACCUGGAGGCCGAUAUUAAGGAGUUGGAGAAUAUUGUAGUUUCAACCCAGCUGAACUGCUUUCACACUCUUGAGUAUAGUCUUAGGCCAGAGUUAGAUCAUCUCCGAUCCGUCCUCGGACAAUCUUCAGGAUUUCAGCUAGAGAUGGGAAGAGAAGAGGCUCGGGAGAGAAUGCUUCAGGUUGCAGGAAGACACAAGGAGAUGUGUAACUCUGCUUUGGACUCCGUAUUCCAGAAUAUCAUUGGACUGCUUAACUUAGUAGAUCAAGGGGUCGACAAAUUCAAGGGUUCGGGGGAAUAUCUGGAGCUCUGUAGCUCCUUGUUCCUCAGCCUGGAAAACAACCAAGAGCACGUCCAGGAGAUCCUGGAGUUCACUCACAACUCAUACACGUCCUGGAAAACGGAUAUUAUUCAAAAGAUUUAUUUAUCUCUUGCAUCCGUUGGAAAAUUGAAUCUGGAGCGAAAAACCGAACUUAAAUCUAUGCUUCUUAAUUUGGAGUCCACGACUCUACAGGAGAUCUCACCUCAGCAUCAUCAGUUUCUUCUGGGAUGCUUUAAUAGCCUAGGCAGUAUUCUCAACUCUGGAAACUUGUCUGAUCCUGAUCCUUACCAGAAGGUUAUCUUGGAUAUUGUUGAGAGCCUUGGAGAGAAGGCUGAUCAUGCUCGGGAUCUUCUACAUGAAUGUAUUCUACAGAAACUCAAGUUUGAUAACUACACUAAAGAUGAACUUGAACCUGUCACUGUGCCUAUGAUUGAGGAUCUUAUGAUCGAGGAUUCUAUGAUUCAAGAGCCAUUAAUUGACGACACUAACUUUGAUAAUGCUAAGAUGGAUGAACAAGACCCAUCAAUGAAACUCCCGUCUUACAAGUUUAGACCCCUUCCAGGGCCUUUCAUUGAUGUUGACGGUUCGAAUUCUCCAGUUGAAAAUGUGACAGUUCGUCUCAAGUUUGACGUCGAUGAACCUUGGCUUCAAGUUUAUGAAAACCAAAAUUCAGCUUCAUGGAAUCUUCUCCGAGCAAGAAUACAGAACCAGGUUCUUUCCCGCUUAAGUGGUGAAAACAGUGAAGUAGAGAUUAAGUUGAACAAGAUAAUCUUCAAUAAUGUGACCGAUAAUUUUGAUAGUCCAGAAUCUCGAAGUUUAUCUGUUGAUAUGAUUGCUAGAAUUAGGUCUUCAUAUUCUCGCUCUGAGCUCACAGAGCGACUUCAAACUAAUUUACAAGAUCAGGAGGAGGACUCAGUCAAGGUUCAACUCAAUCCUCCCCAAAUAUCAGUAUUGGAAGAGUGUGCGAGGUCUGGUCAAGUGUUUGGAGAGCUGGGCCAGGAGGAAGAAUGUUGCGUUCAGCUAGAGUGUGUACAAAGUAACCAUGUUCAAGGGCUGACUGAUGAGGAUACUAUGGAAGAGCAUGUCUGUGAGAAUGAUUGCUGUUCCAAGCAUGUUCGAUCCCGUCCCCUUCUAGCAUAUAGCUUUCCUAACCAGCAGCUUGUCAGGUUGGUACAGGAGGAAGGAUAUAUACAGCUGAUUUCUCAGGAGAUUUGUACUCAGUGCUCUGGAAACUGUUCAAACUCAUUUUCACAGGCCUACACUAGUCAGACUGUGCUGGUGUACGGAGAACAAGGAGUACAUAGUGUACAUAUUCUAGUCGGAGCUGGGUGCAGUUGUUCCUUAAAAACCACUCCUAACAGUGAUGAUCUAAGCACCUCGGAGAAAAGUGACCUUCCAACUAGUCCAGAACCUUCUCAGCAGCACCCUGAUGUUCCCGACCAUAUCCAGCUAUAUGUAGACCAGGUUUUUGAAAAGUUGCACCGCGUAGAAUCUUUAAUUUCAAGCGUUGUCCUGGCCUCGUUCUCUGGUAUAAAGGAGGGUAUGGUAGACUGUCUUCAGCGUCAGCGCAACCUGCUUUCUGACCGGCUUACUGAGUACAGGGUCAGCUUCAGCUCCAGAAGUAGUUUGACCAACGAGGAUAUCAUGGUCUGGAGCAACCGAACCUUACAGGAGCACAAUACUGGAGUUAAUCAACUCCAGAUAGAGUGUCAAGGAGUGUUUCAUCAACAUCUAAACAAUCUUCAAGGGGCGCUUAAUGAGAAUAUUCGUAGAGAGGGUCUUCUUCCAGAAGCAUGUCAGGUUUUGGUCUCAAAGGGAACCUAUUUGUCAGCUGGCAACCUGGUAUUGGGGGAAUAUGAAGCUGUCCUGGCUCACACCUUCUCACAGGUUGAACUAGUCUUCCAGGCAUAUCGUGAGCUAAGCAAUCAGCUUGAACAGGAUUUUAAUUCCAGUUUGGAUUACUUUAAGAGUAAGUUUUUUGACAAGAACGACGAGUUGGACAAUUGGAGGCAGAUUUACUUUGACAAUAUUCUCAAAGAAUCAUCAGUCAAAACUUUUCUCAUCGACUUCGAGGAGGGUUUGGUCUCAGAUAUCAGAGUUAAACAGAGUUUUGAGAUGAUGCGCUUAGAUAUAGAGAAACUGAAGAGUUGUAUCCAGGGAACUGGAUCCCAAAAGGUGUUGAUGAUUAAAAAGAAGAACCUGGAAGUAAUGAGUAACAAACUAAAGGUUCACCUGACCUUCCUUCUCAUCCCUCUGGUGGGAGAGGUCGAUAAGAAAACAGAGAUAUUCCUCCAAACUGUGGUUGAUGCAUUCCAGAACUCCACAAACAACGAGCAAAGCCCUGUACAGAUUUCUACUGAUCUAGUUCACAGAAAUAUAUCUCAUAUUCUUCAGAACCUGUUCCCUGCUAAUACAACCAGAAAUCAGAAUCUAAAUUUGUUCAAUAGCCCUCCAUGGAUCCAAAUCAAUCCCAGGAAGAGGCCAACCUUUGAAGCUUCUGAUCAAAAUCUUCAAGAAGUUCUUGGUUCAGUAGGAGUUGAUGCAAACCAACCUCUGGAGGCUGCCCUCCAGGACACUAGAUCCAUCCUAAAUGCAAAGAAGGUUGAGUUGAAAAAAUAUUUGUUGGAAACUUACCCCACUUCUGAAAUAGCUUCAACUGUUACUCUUGUAGAUGAUAUUUUCUUGGAACUAGAGACACAGAGCAUCAAUUCAAUUCGUAAUCAAUACACUCAAGUUUGGUCAAAUCUCGUUGGAUCACAGCAGCCUUUUUCUGGAUCGUCUUUACAGCAGCAAUCUUUCACAGAUUUUUCUUUAAAACCAUACUACCCUGUUUCUCCCCAAAGGCCAAUUUCCUCUGCUUCAGAUCGUACGCCACUCUUUUCUGGAUCAGAACAGCCGAUCUUCCCAGGAUCUCUGGAAAACCCAACUUUUACUGGAUCUUCUUCUCAGCAGAUCUUCCCUGGAUCCCCUGAACAACAAACAUUUCCUGGAUCUUCUCCACAGCAAAUAUUUUCAGGUUCAUCUCCAUCUUCUCCACAGCAGAACUUCCCUGAAUCCCCUAAACAAAAAAUCUUUCCUGGAUCUUCUCCACAACAAAUUUUUCCUGGAUCUUCUCCACAACAAGUCUUUCCUGGAUCUUCUCCACAACAAAUAUUUCCUGGAUCUUCUACACAACAAGUCUUUCCCGGAUCUUCUCAACAGCAAAUUUUCCCUGGAUCUGGUGGAAAACCAGUUUUACCUGAUUCGAUCCAACAACAAACCUUUCUUGGAUCUUCUCCGCAGCAAAUCUUCCCUGGAUCUUCUCAACAGCAAAUCUUUCCCGGAUCUUCUCCACAGCAAAUCUUCCCUGGAUCUUCUCAACAGCAAAUCUUUCCCGGAUCUUCUCCACAGCAAAUUUUCCCUGGAUCUUCUCAACAACAAAUCUUCCCUGGAUCUUUUCCACAACAAACCUUCCCUGCAUUUUCCCAACCUGAACAAUAUCCUGGAUCAAUUAACCUUAACUAUUUCACAAAACAGAACCAUCCAUAUAUAACUGCUGUGCAGCAAAUCUUAGAAUCAUUGCUUGUUAGGUUAGACGCUUUUAUAAAAGAAGCUAAUAGUGAUCGUGACAAAUCUCUAAAAUCUCUUUCAUCACAGUUAGAGGAAUCUGCCAAGUAUAAAAAAACUGUUGUGAUCCUUAACCUAUGGAAGGAUACCAUUGUAAAUAGUGCAAGGGAAGGAUUUGAAGGUAGUAUUAAUGAAAUUGACAGAAUUGUGAUGAAUCACAACCAAGCAAUAGGUGUUCUUAUGCAAAACUUUCUGAGUCAGACUGGACAAUCUGGAGGGUCCAAUCCUUUGAUACAAAACAUCCUGAAUGCAUUUGAGACACAAAAGCAGUUGGUUGAGGUUGCCCUAAACCGUUUUAUCACACAAUCAGUUGAUGAAAUGUUUGUUUCGGCGAACACUUCGAAUUGGUUACCUAAGGCUGAACUUGAGUAUGAGAAUCUAGUUGUUGAUAUCACCAAGACAGAUGUAACAAAUAUCUUCAAACUGCUUCUGAAGAGAACGAUCAGGUCAUUGUAUAGAGAGGUUGCCUCCCCUAGUGGAGGACCCGGAGGACUACAUCAGCAAGUCUUUGAACUAGUUGAUGAAGAUUUAUUUGAUGGAGUUGGGGCUACUGUUCCAACCUCAGAAUCUGAUAAAGCCAACACAACUGCUGACACUGACUGGGAGAAGAUAUUACCCGCUGUUUAUGUGCCUCCCAGGACUCCUUCAUACACUGUAAAUCAUGAGCCUGCUGCGAAACCUUCUCCAGAUAAUGGUUUAGAAACACCUGUCAGUGUUUCUAAUGAACCAACUCAAGUGCCAACUGGUUCUCUUCUUACUUCAUCCAUCAUUGUUGUCUCCUCUUCCAAAAAUACUAAUACCUCCCAACAAGCCACAACCAUUAGAUCUUUUGCGCCGUCUAACACUAGCUCUGCCAGCUCUCUACCCACUACCACAUUGGAUAAUAUGGAGAGCUUACAUGGAAUUGUAUUCUUGGGUCAAGUAAAAGUGAAACCUGGACUGGAUUCAAUUAUCUUUGUGUCCCAAGGUAUUGGCACAACUUUGUCUCCGGUUUUAAGCUCCUCAAUGUUUCCAGUAAUGACUUCAACUUUAUUGUCGGGGGGCUCCACUACUGUUUCUCCCCCGAACCCGUCUUUGGCAACAAACUCAACUGCCACUUCAGGAAACUUGACAACCGCAUCUUCAACAAUGAGCUCAGAUUUAUCAUCAGGAUUAAUUAACAAAACAUCUUUAAAUAUGACUACAAGGGUCUCUAAAGACAUGAACAUGACAAUAUCUUUGGGAGUGAGAGCACCAGUUUCCUCAACAUUGCAUUCUAUCACUAACCAGUCAUUAAUCCCGGGUUCUAAGAAUAUGAGCCAACCAUUAAUCACAGAACAUAAAACUUCAAUGAUUGAUGGAACAGUUCUUAAAACAUCUUUGCAAGUUAAUCAAACUUGGUUUGAAACCAAAGUAGACAGCAGUAAAGAUAAUACAACUAUGAUGCAAACCGUUCAAGGAAAUCUUAGUGGAAGUAAUGCAACUGGAAUUAAAACAACUGGAGGAAAAACAAAUGUAGGGGUACAACCUGAAGAUCUAACUAAUGAAAGUCAAACCACUGUAGGUCAAACCACUGCAGGUCAAACUACUGCAGGUCAAACCACUGCAGGUCAAACCACUGCAGGUCAAACCACUGCAGGUCAAACCACUGCUGGUCAAACCAAAGCAAGUCAAACCACUGCAGGUCAAACCAAAGCAGGUCAAACCACUGAAGGUCAGACCACUGCAGGUCAAACCACUGCAGGUCAAACCACUGCUGGUCAAACCACCGCAGGUCAAACCACUGCAAGUCAAACCACUCCAAGUCAAACCACAGCAGGUCAAACCACAGCAGGUCAAACCACUGCAGGUCAAACCACUGCAGGUCAAACCAAUGCAGGUCAAACCAAUGCAGGUCAAACCACUGCUGGUCAAACCACUGCAGGUCAAACCAAUGCAGGUCACACCACUGCAGGUCACACCACUGCAGGUCAAACUAAUGCAGGUCAAACCACUGCAGGUCAAACCACUGCAGGUCAAACCACUGCAGGUCAAACCACUGCAAGUCAAACCACUGCAAGUCAAACCACUUCACUGGAGGCCAAACCACUGGAGGCCAAAGCACUGGAGGGUAAAUAUAUCGCUGGUAAAUGGGGAUAUUGUUCCUCCUCCUGCCCUCUUCAGGAAAGGAAGUGUAUAACUGUAGGCGGUCCCUCCUUAGGAGGAAGAUGCGUGUUCCCGUUCUAUACAGAUGACCAGCUGCACUGGAGCUGUGCGCCUGCUGUAGGGGUUAACAUUCAACAUUCAGGGAUGUGGUGCCCGACAGCUGUGGACCAACAUGGCUACCUUUUAGGAAACAGCUGGGGAUUCUGCCAACCAGACUGCGGGGAAAGCAUGGUUUAUGUUGCCACGCGGCAACUGGGUUCUAGCAACAGAACAGGAACCGAGGCCAAUACAAGAUCGACCAUAGAUCCAAUCAACGUUCAGGGCCAACCGACUCAGGGCUUCCCUGAGGUAGUGGCAACCUCUAAUUCCUCCAUUCGACCAUUUUUAUCCUCGACCAUUUUUUCACCAUCAAUUCUCUACAAAACUACAACAUCAAGUCCAAAUCAAGGGGUGGAUGAAGAAAUCCUUUUCAUUGGACUUGUCCAAGUUGAGCCUGCAGGAGCUUGGGUAAACAAAACAUCAACAGCUCCAACUGUAACAACAAAUACCACUUCAGCAUCUCAGAUAAUUACAGUUGUUUCAACGACCAACUUUAGUACCUCGACCACAACCACUCCAACUACUGUCACCUCUACAGCGACCUUAAGAUCUAGCACAACUUCUUCAUCAACCACUUCUACCAAACCUACAACACUAGCAACCAAAAUCCCUACAGUCACUAGAGCUAAAAAUUCUACAACCACCUCCACAACAACAAUCUCCACAACAACAACCUCCACAACAACAACCUCCACAACAACCACCUCCACAACAACCAGCACAUCUACAACAACAUCAACAACAACAACAUCUACAACACCUACAACAACCACAUCUACAACAACCACAUCUACAACAACCACAUCUACAACAACCACCUCUACAACAACCACCUCUACAACAACCACCUCUACAACAACCACCUCUACAACAACUACCUCUACAACAACUACCUCUACAACAACCACCUCCACAACAACUACCUCCACAACAACCACAACUACGACCCCUACCCCUGUAAAUUUAUUGGUCCGGUAUGACGGCGAACUGCCCCCUCCCAACUCUAUUGUCUACACCCCUGAAAACAUGUGGAACCCUGUAAAGGCUUUGCUGCAGGAGAGGUUGAUGGGGAGGCCGAGGAGCCUGGAGGGACGGAGAAUGGAGGCUGGUGGGUCUACUGACCAGGAGGUCACCGAGGUUGAUUGGAUCAUGGAUCUUAUAAGUAAACACUCAGUUCCUUCAUAA